AUGUCGUCAAGUGGUAGCAGUUCGUCGCAAAGUCCGCCUGCCAUGGCGUCUAUAAGUGAUGUUAGUGCUUUAUUCCAGACAGCCAAGAAAUAUGAGGAGUUAAAUGUUAUAGGCACAGGAGCUUAUGGAACUGUUUACAAAGCGAGAGAUCUCCAUAAUGGGGGGCAGAUAGUAGCGAUGAAGAAAGUUAAAGUAGCAUUAACAGAGGAUGGUAUACCAUUAUCAACUUUACGAGAGAUUGCAUUAUUGAGGCAGUUGGAAGCAUACAGACAUCCAAAUAUUGUUAGACUCCUAGAUGUAUGUCAUGGCGGUCAGUCAAUGGAGAGAGACCAUCAACUAGUACUGUUUCUAGUAUUUGAACAUGUCGAACAAGACUUAGAUUCAUACUUGAAAAGAGCUCCUGGACCUUUAUCUGAAAAUAGGAUAAGGAGUAUGUCCUACGACAUAUUAUCAGGAGUGGACUUCCUUCAUUCCCAUAGAAUAGUUCAUAGGGAUUUGAAGCCGCAUAACCUUUUAGUGACUUCAGGUGGGCGCGUGAAGUUGGCUGACUUUGGCUUGGCAAAGACUUAUGAUACAGAAAUGAAGCUUACUAGUGUGGUGGUAACGCUCUGGUACCGUCCCCCGGAGGUGUUGUUGGGCGCGUCGUACAACACGGCGGUGGACGUGUGGUCCAGCGGCUGCGUACUCGCGCAGCUUCACACGAGAUCUCCUUUGCUGCAGGGCUCUUGUGAUUCUGAGCAGUUGCAUUGCAUAUUCCGUUUAAUUGGUCGUCCGCCGCGACACGAGUGGCCGGACAACGUGUCCAUCGUGCCGGACAGCUUCCCCGACUAUCCUCCUCAGGACCUAGCUGAUAUCCUUCCACGGAUACAUCCACAUGCUUUGGAUAUGAUUAAGGGUAUGCUAGUAUUCGACCCAGCGAAACGUCUCACUGCAUUGGACUGUCUAGAACACCCAUAUUUCACUGAAGAACCACUCACG